ACACCACUUCGGCGGAGUUGCCAGAUCAUUUGCAAAAGCGAUGGUUCGCAUAAAAAACAGAUAUAUAGCAGUGCAGAUUGUGCCCUUCACGCCCACACAAUCACUGCGUCUCAAUGACAACAGCCUGGCCAAAAUUCUGUUGCAAAAUGUGGAGAAAUACUAUGGGGUCUACGGCCUAGGAAUGAUCGAGCAGGGAUUCCGAGUGAAGUACAUCAAUGAUCGCACCAAAAUAGCAAUCAUACGGUGUCUGCAUCGUGGUCAACGCUUUGUGUCCAGCAUUUUACCAUUAAUUACUCUGAUCGGAGAUGUACGGGCCAAGUUUAGGACCCUCUAUAUCGGUGCCACCAUUAUCCAAUGCAACAAGUUCAUAGUCAAGCACCAGAAAAAGUUCCUGGACCGCGCCAUGGGUCAGAUAACAUCCGCCAAGGAGCGACAGGAUCUCUUCAAGCGAGUAAUGGAGCUCGACAUGGAUAGAUAACAUAUAGAGGUUGUUUAGCGUAUAAUUAAGUAAUUAUAGUAUACGAUUUUCUUGUAGAAAACCAAUCUCCCAAUUCGACUAAACCGUU